UUCACCAUUCAAAAGAAUCGACAAAUAUACCCUUUCCCUAAACCUUACAUCAGACUCAAAUAAUCGUACGCCUCCAACAUAUGCUACUCUCGAUUUGCCUCCUCAAACCGUACCCUGUGAAAGCACCGUCGUUAACCAUCUCAUCCCUACCGGUCGUAGAUCGUCACAACCCACAGCAGCACCGACAACCUUCGACCGCACAGAGGCGGAAUACACUCAUGAUCUGCUUCACAAAUGGGAGGCCCAGAGCUGGAACUGUUGCUUCUGGUUCUUCUUCUUCAAAUCUAAACACCCGCAAGGGUUUAUAUCAAGAUUCAAGGACCAAGUUUCUUGUUUUAGCUGCAAUCAUUGCCUCUGGACACUUAGUCACUAUCUUGAAUCCUGCUAUGCCAUCUGGACCUAAAGGUUUAAUCACAAUCCCCACCAGCAAACCUUUUUCAUUUGGUGUUAUAGAAAGAAAAGAUUUGCUCUCUGGUUGUAUGUUGCCUAUUUGUUUGUCUCGUGACAUUCGCCCUUGUGUAAGAUCAAUAUCUUGGUCUCCACUUGGAUUAGCUCCAAAUUCUGGGUGUUUGCUUGCUGUUUGCACAACUGAAGGGGUAGUCAAAGUUUACCACUCCCCAUUUCGUGAAUUUUCUUCAGAGUGGGUAGAGGUUCUUGAUGUAUCUGAAAUGUUACAUACUUAUUUUGAAAAAAUCAGAUAUGGUGAGUCUGAUUCUGAUAUUCCAUUUUUAGAAUACAAUGAUGAUAUGCCACUAUCCAAACUAUUAAUCAGAAGCAAAGACAGAAGACAAAAUUUACUAGAAUACCAUAAAUGCCCUUCCAUAAGUGCACAACAGUAUGCUUCUCGUAGUGCAAUGCUUUCAUCUCUUGUGGUUUCUUGGUCUCCUAUGUUUCAUGGUGACACCUCAUCAAAGGGAUGCUCUAUACUUGCCAUCGGGGGUAAAAGUGGAAAUAUCUCAUUUUGGAGAGUCAAUGAACCACAAUGCUAUUCCAUCACACAACGAAGCAAGCUACCUGGCGCUUUGCUGAUUGGAUUAAUCCAAGCACAUGAUUCUUGGAUUACUGCAAUCAGUUGGUCAAAGUUUGACUCUCAGCUUCUUUUAUCUACAGGAUGUUCUGAUGGGAGUGUGAAAAUUUGGCGGGGAUAUACUGAUGACCUUGCGAAGACAACUGAAGAUGGUGAUGCUGCAUUUUCAUUGUUGAAAGAUGUUAUAAAGGUUGGAUCGGGCCCCACAUCUGUACUUUCACUAAUUGUUCCGGAAGCUUCUCCACAAAAGAUACUCCUAGCUGUUGGGAAGGGUUCUGGAUCUUUACAAAUAUGGAUUUAUGACACUUUGAUUGACAAAUUUGAUGUAAUUGCUCCACAUUCUGGCCAUGACCAAAUUGUUACGGGUUUGGCUUGGGCUUAUGAUGGACACUGCUUGUACAGUUGUAGCCAGGAUAAUUCUUUGCAAAGCUGGAUCAUAAAAGGAGAUUCUCUCCAUGGAGUCUCUUUACCUCCAAAUACUCUUGGUGUUAAGACCUUCACAGAUGUUCCUAAUGUGUCUGAUGCAUGUUUUGGCAUAGCAGUAUCCCCUGCUAAUCUUGUGGUUGCUGUGGUUCGAAGAUUUGAUGUGAAUCUGUUGAAUCCAAUGUAUGAGGCAAGGUCACAGAAGGCUGCUGUUGAGUUCUUCUGGAUUGGUGGACAAAACCUUGGAAAUUUAAAAGAUGAAGAAUCUGAUGAUGGAAAUUUCCCUGGUUUUCCCAAUAUGGAUUUGGUCAACUGGGGUCAAAACAUAUUAUGGUCUUUAAAUCAAUACGAAAAUCUUCACAAGCCUUUGGUUUUAUGGGACAUGAUAGCAGCAUUAUCAGCUUUCAAAGAUUCACAACCCAACUAUGUAGAACAAAUACUGGUCAAAUGGCUGAUCUCAAAUCUUAAAUUUGAGUGGGGCCCACCUGAAAUCAUUUUGCCACGUGUCAAUACACAUCUCUCAAACUUAACCUCACGCCAGUUGCAUCUCCUCAAUGUUAUUAACAGACAUGUGCUUUUAAGAGAAGCAGAGUUAGAUAACAACAAUGGUGAACAAGAAUCGAAAUUUUGGAUAAAGAUUCUUGAAAUGAGUGAAAAAGAACUUCGAGAAAGACUCAUUGGUUGUAGCUUUUCAGCCACACUUAAAGGGUAUAAUGGUAAUUUACAUCCGGUUGGAUUGGCACAGAUGAGAUCAUGGGUUGCUAAUAAUGAACGUGUAGUUAAAGAUUAUGUCAAGCUCCUUGCUUCUAAAGUUAAAAAGAUUGAGAAAAGACAUGUAGGAGAAGAGGAAUGUAGCUACUGUUCAUCAUUAGUUCCAUUUGAGGAUACAGAAGUUGGAUUUUGCAAAGUUGAGAAUCAUAAACUUGCAAGAUGUGCAGUUUCCAUGGUUGUGUGCCCUCUUACUCCAUUAUGGUUUUGUGUAUCUUGUAAAAGAUGGGUAUUAAAUUUUGCCCCUGAGAGUCUUUUUAAGUUGACCAGAUACCCUCCAACCGUUGACUUUGAGAAAAGGUCUUUGACUUUUCAAAAUGGAGAAAUAUUGUUGAAACCACUUUGUCCAUUUUGUGGGGUAUUACUGCAAAGGUUGCAGCCACAGUUUCUUCUAUCAACAACAUCUGUAUAGAUCACUAAAGAAUAACGAUUUUAGGACAUUAUACUUUAGAAAAUCUAUCCAAUUAGAACAAUGAGUAUUUUGUUUUGUAUGUAGAUGUAGAUAAUACUUCUAUAAUUGGUAGAUUUUUAAAUAAACAAAUCAAUUAAGGUAGGAUUUUAUAUUAAAAAGAGUUAAUCGCGAGAAAUAGCAACC